CUCAGGCUCUGGCUUCAGCGGUCUCCGUAGGUGAACGUUGUCUCGGUCCCGAGCAGCAUGUCUGACAAGCGGCACGGAGAGGAUGACCAAGCCCGGCGGCUCCCCGAUUCCUUCAAAGACAGCCCCAGAACCGGCCUUGGACUUUGUGGAUGGAUUUUGGUGGCUGCCUCUUUCUUAUUCACGCUUAUAACGUUCCCCAUAUCAAUAUGGAUGUGCAUCAAGAUCAUCAAAGAAUAUGAACGCGCCAUCAUCUUUAGACUGGGUCGCAUUUUACAAGGAGGAGCCAAGGGCCCUGGCCUGUUUUUCAUUUUGCCGUGCACGGACAGCUUCAUCAAAGUGGACAUGAGGACUAUUUCGUUCGACAUUCCUCCCCAGGAGAUCCUCACCAAGGAUUCGGUGACAAUCAGUGUGGACGGCGUGGUCUACUACCGCGUUCAGAACGCAACCCUGGCUGUGGCCAACAUCACCAAUGCCGACUCAGCCACCCGUCUUCUGGCACAGACGACUCUUCGGAACGUUCUGGGCACCAAGAACCUCUCUCAGAUCCUGUCCGACAGAGAGGAGAUUGCCCACAACAUGCAGAACACUCUGGAUGACGCCACUGACGACUGGGGGAUCAAGGUGGAGCGCGUGGAGAUUAAGGAUGUCAAACUCCCUGUGCAGCUCCAGCGAGCCAUGGCUGCAGAAGCCGAAGCAUCCCGGGAGGCCCGGGCCAAGGUGAUUGCUGCCGAGGGAGAAAUGAAUGCGUCCAGAGCUCUGAAAGAAGCCUCUAUUGUCAUCACGGAGUCUCCUGCAGCCCUUCAGCUCCGGUACCUCCAGACACUGACCACCAUCGCUGCUGAGAAAAACUCCACCAUCGUCUUCCCUCUGCCCAUAGAUAUGUUGCAAGGCAUCAUGGGGGCAAAACACUGAGCCACAUAGGCUAAGGCACCAAUGUGCUCUCUCCCCUGCAAAGGAUGAAGUAGGGGACCAAAUUAGCCUUUAACGCAGAAGGAGAGCAGGGCUGAGAAACUUAAAUGUUCUCCCUCCCUUCCCUUUUCCAUACGCUGAGUUUGUUGUUCUUAGAAUGUAUAGUGAUCCUAAAAACAGGUGAACGAAUGUUUAGCUUGUAAAUACGGCGAGAGAAACAGAUUGCUGAUAUAUUGAGAUAUAUAUGAUAUAUAUAUAAAACAUCUCUUACUCUUUAAAAUAUUUUCAAAUUCUUAUUUUUAGCUCACUAGCUGCUAGAUCAAAUCCUCUUCCUUUGCCUUUCAUAAGUCAUUGUGCACCUUGACCAGCAGCCAGGCCAUAGGCCCGAAACACUUGCUCUCAUCGCCACCUGACACCCCCAGCUGGAGCAGGGCUCUGCAGACUACCGCCGCCUUCUGCACCAACCAGCUGCUCAUAGCCCUCUGUGCCUUACCGCCAGGCAGCCUUACUUGAAGGAAUUGUCCUUCCUGUCUGUUUACUUUUUGAAUCCAGCUCAUGCUACAAAAUAAUCUUCACUCUUACACACACACACACACACAACCCUGGUGGCCUAGCAGGUUAUGAGUUAAGCUGCUAAUUGCAAGGUCAGCAGUUC